AUGAAUCUGGGAUGGAAAGCCUCCGAACAUUCUGUGCGGAAAGCUUUUCAGAGGCAUUUCACGCCGUCUCUCAACGACGGUCAAGCGCUCACCGAAGAUCCGUUGGCAACCGUCAAUGACCACGUGGCGCAGGUGCGAGAGUGUGCAUCCCCAUCUGAUUCUUCUGCGAAGGUGCAGAGUGAUUUCUUACAACACGUGCAGCUGUUGCUCAGCAUUUGCCGCAUGGUCACGCUUCGCCUAGAGCAACUGAAGUGGGACAAAACUUUGUCAAAUAAAAACUCAGCUCCAUGCAGUAGUUCCCUUAUCCACGAAUAUCCUCAUAGUAAUUCUGACCGUGAAGGUGCCUUCGGCAUCAACGAAGAGCCUCAUAGUAAUUCUGAUCAUGAUGGUGCCUUCGGCAUUUACUCCUCAGUGAAGGCGGAUAACAUCUUGGAUACCGCGUGGGUGGUUGGCAGUGAACAGGGACAGUUAGUAGGAGAAGAAGUAGACGAAACGCCUGACGCCGAAGUUCCACUAAGUUCUCCUUCCCACGAAGAGCCUGAUAGUGAUUUGGGACUUGAAGACCCCUUUGGUAUUUCUUCGUCGGUGAAGGCGGAUGACUUCUUGGACGCCGUGAGGAUUGUUCGGAGUGGACGGAGAGAGUCAGUGGAUGGAGAAGUAGCCGACAGAAAGUACCAUGAAGUUCAACGCAGUUCUCCUGUCCGCGAAGAGCUUGAUAGUAAUUCUGGCCUUGACAAAUAUGGCAUUUAUUCCCAGGUGACGUCGGCUGAGUUCUUGGAAUUUUUUGGGAUAUUUAGUAGUGAAUACAGACGGAAAGUGCCUAGUAAACAAGCAGAGGGACUCUUGUUUCAGUUGCACCUAGAUGAAAGGCGUAACACCUUCAACUUGGAUGCCAGAUAUUACUUUGAGCGCUUUCUCCAAGCAUGUGAAGAAGACGGCCCCGUCGACGCCACUCCUUCCACUGCCAAUCACAAAAUUCCUUAUAGUGGAAGACCAUUUAGAUCUGGUGCUCUCGCACAAGCAGCUGCCCAUAUAUUUCGCCUAUCGGAAGGCAGUACGAACUAUGCUAGGAUACGCAAGGUGCACCAGAUCGCGGAUAACUGGACAAGCGAAGGAGUGCUGGAGGCUACAAAAAGGCAAGAGGAAGAAAAUGCGUACAGCUUAAAGCAGCGGUUGCAGAUUAAAAGGGAACAAAUGCGUGUGAUGCUGAAGGAGGGCAUACAAAACGGCGAUUUGGAAGUGAUUGCAUUGUUCCUUCUGUAG